AUGCAGUCUCAGCAUUAGCAAAUGAUAAAGAAUAAUUUGAAUAAAAAUACUUUUGAUGAGUUAACUUUGCAAAAUUUCUAAGCUUGGAAAGCUAAGUGCAAGGAAUUCUUAUAGAAUGCUUUGGAAAUAAUCAUUUAACAGAGAGAGGCUUCUUUUGGAAAUUCAAAUCCAUCAAACCCACUCAAACAGGUAACUUAGCAUAUCUCACUCACAAACAUGAAAAUUUAGUUCGGGAUGCAUAUCAAUAACAUGAACGAUAUAAGAUCAUUGCUCUCGGCAUUUGAUCCUAUGAACCAAGUGACACCUUAAGAACAAGAAGCAGAUGAAGAUACCAUGAAACCAUUUAUCUAGGAAUUAUUUCUUGAUGUUACUCACACAAAUAGAAUAGGUUCAGUUUUAUCGGAGCGCUGGAAUUUCGCUCUCGCAUUGUCACCAUUUGCUCAAUAAAAUACUAAUGUAUCCAAAGAUGAUAAGAGAAGGUUAGCAGAUGCAUAAAAAUCAGGUAAUGAGUUUAUUUAAGAUGUUAACCAAGAUUUUAAAACUGAGUACGAUCUUAAAUAUGACAUAGAUCUCUUGAAAAAUGAGUUUUAUGACUAAAGUCAAAUUAAAGUAAAGUAGCUAGCAUCCAUCAGCAAUCAUUUCGGAGAUCUAAGUAUUGAAGUCUAAUAUAUUGAUCAAAAUGACAUCAUCAGGAACUUUCAAAGUCUGCAUUUCUUGAAGUAGGAUGAGCAGAGAAGAGCAAAACCUAAUGCUUUCUAAUAAUCUUUGAUGAGUGCACUUGGACCAUGUAAUAAUUUGCUCUAGGUCCCACAAGGUCAACCUUCUUCAUCUUUUAUAGUGUAACUAAAGCCCUCGAGUAAUAUUGGAUAAAUUAAUAAUUAGGGAAGAUUCAGAGCGAAUUCUGAUAACACUUAUAACUAGUCUAUUGCUUAGAGAGCACUUAAAUAGCAAUAUCUUGCUAACUCAAGAAACAAUAUGAACUCUCCAGGACCAUCAGAUAAUAUCAUGAUUAAAGAGGAUUACUUCACUGCUGAGAAAAAUAAAUUUUACUAUUAGAUCUCAAAUAAGCACUCAGGCUAUUCAAAUUCUUCAGCUCAUUCCAACAAAUCCUCAGAAUUCUCCAAAAAGGGUACCCCUCCAUUUAUCCCUUAAAUAAAUUGUCUGCCUACCACACAGGGCUCCUCAACUGUACUUAAAUCAUCCUUAGAUGGAAAUGGAGGUUUCGGAAAUUUCGAUAUGCAUGAUUUUAACUCAAAUCGACCAUCUCGUCCGAAGAUUGACCCAUUUAAGAAAUUUGAUAAUUUGAAUACAUCUAGGAACAGGAAUUACAGAUUGUCGUUCGAUGAAGGUUCAAAAUAAAUUCAGAGCCAAAGAAGUUUGACAUCGUUGUUCAAUCCUGCGAAUGGAGCCUAAUAGAAUUCAUUCAGAAAAGGUUCUAUAAAUAUGCUCUUAGAGAACAGUAACUCUAAAUCAAACAAAUAGCUGAUUUUAGAGGAGACACAAAAUGACUUUGAUCUGAUAUAAAACCCUUUCAAUAAUAACCCAUUUCACAAUGGAGAUAUCGCAGCAAGCUUAGAAAAAACAAAUAAUGAUGGCAUUAGUCCCUCAUAGUUUUAUCAUGUCCUUCCAAGAAAAAGCUCAUCGAUAUUCAAAAACGAAGGAGAAGUCAGAGCAUCAUUAACACAUGAAUCUAUUAAGAGGAUAUCAAGUUGCAGUGAGAUGUUUCCAGGAGGAGAUCCACUAUUCUAAAUAGAUGAGAAAAAGAAGUACAUCGGUUUUUUAGAGGAGAGUGAUGAGGAAAAAAGUUAGAGUGACGGCACUGAUGACAGUGAGGACGAAGACUAAGAUUUUAUGGAGAAAAUAGAAUAGUAUCAAAAUAAGUUAUAGAGAGAGAUCCAAAAAGAGAAUAGCACCUGUUCUAGCAAGCACCAAUUUCAAGAAAAAUCAGAGUGCGCUUGUCUUGCCACAAUAAUAAAGAAUCUAGAAAAGAUAGUGAAUGUCCAGUUCUAGUAAGGAUUUUAGGGAAAAAUGCCUUUAUCCAGAACUCACUCUUGA